AUGCUCGAAUCUGUCUAUCCAAAUCAAUCACUCACUCUCUCUAUCUAUUUAGAUCUUUCUAUCUGCCUAUCUGCAUCUGUUCAUAUCUAUUUCUCUAACAUUUCUCUCUCUCUCUCUCAAUCUUUUCAUAUCUAUCUCAAUCUUUUCAUUUGUAACUAUCUUCAUUUCUAUCUAUCUCCUCCUUCUUCAUUUGUCUUUGUCUCUUUUCCUUUUCUUAUCAUUCCCCCCACCCUUGCAUUCCUCUUUUCAUCCCUCUUUCAUUUUUUUUUUCCUUCACCUUCUUUGUUUGAUCUAUUCCUCUUUCAUUCAUUUCUAUUUUCUUUCUUUUGCUUACUCGCUUUGUAUCUUUUUUCAUCAUCUCUUCUUUCUUUAAUCCACUUCUUUAUUGAUUUUCUUCUUUUCCUGCUUUCUCUCUCUGAUAUUUCCGUCCACUUUCUCUCCCUUAUUUCCUGUGUUUCCUUUCAUUUUUUCCCCUGUUUUCUGCAUUUGCUUUUUUUUUUUUACCCUAUUUUCUUUAUUUCCUUCCUCUUUAUCCUCCUUCUUUCCAGUCUUUCCUUACCAUCAUUCCUGCAUUUCCUUCUGUUUUCAUUCCCUAUUUCCUGUAAUUCCUUCCAUUUUAUCUCCAUUUCUUUUAUUUCCUUCCCAUUCUCACCCGACAACAAUCUUUCCCGUCAUUCCUUCUCCUUUCUCGGAAUCUUUCCUGUAUUUUUUUUCGUUUUCAUUCCCUAUUUCCUAUAUUUAGUUUCAUUUUCUUUGUAUUUCUUUUGUUUCCUUUCCUAUUCUCCAUCUUCUAUGCUGCCUUUCCAUCUCCUUUAA